AUGUCGCCUGAAUCAGAAUCAGACCUCAUGGAGACGAAAAUCACACCCUCGCCCUCACAAGAGAAAAUGUUGUCGACCAGUGCUCAAAAUGUGCUGAACUGUCUCAGUCUCCACCGUAAAGGUCAAAGGCCACGAUCUUGGUGGCAACACCGGCUCACUCCGGACCAAUAUGCGGACGUUUUACGUGUAUUGGAUGGUGACGAAUCUCUUCGAGGUUAUGUAGAAGACGAAAUACGGCUCGACUACGACCCCAGACGGUCCCGUCUAACUAUCCGGAACCCGAGUCCUCUACACGAAAUAUUUUGCGCCGAGGUAGUCUCUAAGAUUAUGAAUCGAUUGACAGAGUUGCAAAAGAGUGAUGAAGCCUUCGGUGAUUUUGCGAGAAAGAUCCAAUAUUUAUCGACAUCCAACAUCCGGCUGCCGAAUGAUACAAAUGAUAUAAAGCAGACUUGUUCCCAGCGAUGCCCAGAUGCAUCAUUUAUACACGAAUAUGCUAAAUAUCCCGGUGUCAUCAUAGAGGUGUGCUAUUCACCAAAAAUUCGAGCUGCUGCGGGCUUGGCAGAGGAUUACAUCCUCGACACUAAUGCGAGCGUGAAAGCUGUGAUUGCCCUCAAUAUUGAAUAUAGAGGGUCUAAAAAGGCGACUAUAUCUGUUUGGCGACCGAACAAAAUAACUGUGGAUGGGGUAAAGGAACUCGAAGCAAAGGCUGUGAUCGAGAUGAUGCCUUUUCGAACGGAGUCCGGACUUCCAGUCGAUGAUUCCAAACAACCGCCGCUCCAGCUUUCACUCAGGGACUUUGCCCCCAAGACCAUCUCACAGAAAUACCCUAAUCUCGAUCAAGAUAUCCUUAUUUCAUCGAAGGAGCUCUGUGACUUUCUUUCGUCUGCCGAAGCAGCACAUCAGAAACAGCUACUAGGCCAAGGCGUCGAGGAGCCAUUGUCACCAGGCACGCGAAAGCGUUGUCGAGCUCAGACCCCCUCUGAAGAGCUUAGUUCAGAAGAAUAG